AAACUCUUAACAUUCAGGGAUGUGACCGUAGAAUUCACUCCAGAAGAGUGGAAAUGUCUGGACCCUGCCCAGCAGAAUUUAUAUAGAGAUGUGAUGUUGGAGAACUACAGAAACCUGGUCUCCCUAGGUGUUGCUAUCUCUAACCCAGACCUGGUCACCUGUCUGGAGCAAACAAAGGAGCCCUACAAUGUGAAGAUACAUAAGACAGUAGCCAGACCACCAGCUAUGUGUUCUCCUUUCACCCAAGACCAUUGGCCAGUGGAGGGCAUAGAAGAUUCAUUCCACAAACUUACACUGAGAAGAUAUGAGAAGUGUAGACAUGAGAAUUUACAAUUAAGAAAAGGCUGUAACAGUUUGAAUGAGUGUAAGGUGCAGAAAGGAGGUUAUAAUGAAUUUAUUGAAUGGUUGUCAACUACCCAGAGCAAAAUGUUUCAAUGUAAAGCACGUGUCAAAGUUUUUGAUAAGUUUUUAAAUUCAAACAAAUGUAAGACAAGACAUACUGGAGAGAAACCCUUUAAAUGUAAAGAAUGUGGCAAAUCAUUUCAGAAGUUCUCGCAGCUCACUCAACAUAAAGGAAUUCAUGCUGGAGGGAAACUCUACACAUGUGAAGACUGUGGCAAAGUCUUUAAAUGGUCUUUAAUAUUUAAUGAACAUAAAAGAAUUCAUACUGGAGAGAAACCUUAUACAUGUGAAGAAUGUGGCAGCAUCUUUACCACAUCCUCACACUUUGCUAAACAUAAGAUAAUUCAUACUGGAGAGAAACCCUACAAAUGUGAAGAAUGUGGCAAAGCUUUUAAUAGGUUUACAACCCUUACUAGACACAAGAGAAUUCAUACUGGAGAGAAGCUCAUCAUAUGUGAAGAAUGUGGCAAAAUCUUUACCUCAUCCUCAAACUUUGCCAAACAUAAGAGAAUUCAUACUGGAGAGAAACCCUACCAAUGUGAAGAAUGUGGCAAAGCCUUUAAUAGGUCCACAACCCUUACUAAACAUAAGAGAAUUCAUACUGGAGAGAAACCCUACACAUGUGAAGAAUGUGGCAAAGCCUUUAAUAGGUCCACAACCCUUACUAAACAUAGGAGAAUUCAUACUGGAGAGAAACCCUACACAGGUGAAGAAUGUGGCAAAGCAUUUAGACAGUCCUCAAAACUGAAUGAACAUAAGAAAGUUCAUACUGGAGAGAAGCCCUAAUGUGAUGAAUGUGGCAAGGCCUUUGGGCGGUCCAGAGUCCUGAAUGAACAUAAGAAAAUUCAUCGUGCAGAUAAACCCUACAAAUGUAAAGAAUGUGACAAAGCCUUUAAACAGUUCUCACUCCUGAGUCAACAUAAGAAAAUUCAUACUGUAGAUAAACCCUACAAAUGUAAAGAGUGUGACAGAGCCUUUAAACGGUUCUCACACUUGAAUAAACAUAAGAAAAUUCAUACUUGAGAGAAAUCCCAUAAAUUUAAAGAAUGUGGGCAAAGCCUUUGGAUGGUCCGCAAAACUGAAUGAACAUGAGAAAAUUUAUAUUGGAGAGAAACCCUGGAAGUGUCAACAGUAUGAAAAAGUUCUUUACCUCAUUCUCAAACCUUGCUAAACAUAAGAGAAUUAAUACUGGAGAGAAACUACAAAUGUGAAGAUUGAGGCAAAGCCUGUGCA